AUGUUAAAAUUUGUUAGAAUAUUGCUGCUGACAUUGGUGUUAGUGAAAUCAACAGAAAUUCAUGGAACCAUCAAUGUGAAAGUUAUAUUGCCGAAUUAAAUUUACUCAAAAGAAUCGAGUGGAGAACUUGAUAAUGCAUAUAGAUAGGAUGAAUUACGAGAAAAUAAAGUAUUGAAAGAUGUUGCUAUAAGUUUUCUUGAAACAGGUAGGUCUGUUGAAGUGAACGAAAUAAAGGAUUAAUCCAUUGAAAUUUGGUAACAAAAAUCACUAGAAAUUGAAAAACAACCCCUUAUGAAAGCAGAAGUUUCAAAUGAAAAAUCAUAAACCACUUAAGUCUAAUCAAAUUAAGAAAAUAAGGAAUCAGAAAGCUAAUAAAAGAAAAUAUCAAUUAAAGUUCAGAAAAAAGAUAACGCAUCAGUAGAGUAAUCAGCCAAUGAAAUUGUCACCAAUUCAAAUAAUGACGUUCAAGCAAAGGAUAAUUCAAAUUAAACUGACUUAGAAAAUGAGAAUUCAUAGAAAAAGUUUUCGGUUUCUGUAAGUAAAAUAAACAAAUAAGAAGAAUAGAAUGUUGCAUAAAGUGAAUAAUAAUAAUAAGAUGUAAAAAGUGAAUAACUGACAAAUACUAAUAAAGAGAAUGACCAAUAAUAAGUCUAAAACAAUUUAAUUGCAAAUAGUGAAACAAAAGUGUAGGCUCAGGAUAAUACUGAAAUUUAAUCAAGCAAUUAAGAAGUUGUUGAAGAUUAAAUUGAAACUUAGAAUAUAGAUGCAACAUAAUAGGUUGAGACUAAUCUUUCAUCUAAUGAGGAUAAAGUACAACAAAAUACAGAGUAGAAAAACUCUGAAAUCUCAACUUAAAAUCAAAACGAAUCUUAAGCAGAAUCUAUUGAAUAGUCUACUUCUACUGACAUUAAAUAAACAUAAUCUGAAUAAUAAAAAGAAAACGUUGAAUAAAAAGAAUCUGUUGAAAUUGCCUCUUAAGAAUAAUAAGAAUUAAAUUCAUUAAAUGAUAAAAAUAUUAAUAAAAUAUCUGUUGAAAACAGUAAAGAAGAAACUCAGGUGUAAAAUAAUGAUAAUUCAUAAAACGAGGUUGUGAUUCAAGAUAUCAAAAUAGAGGCCUAGCCAAUUGUAAAAAGUGAAGAGAUCAAUUAAUAAACAGAUAAUCAUAAGGUUGACGAUUCAGAAAUUGUGGUGAAAACAGAUGAAGAAGUAAAGGUUGUACCUACUGAACCUGAUUCAAAAAAUUAAGAUUAAGGAGAAGAAGAUGCUACUCCAGCAGAUUCAGAGCCUUAGAAUAACCCAGAAACAUAAUAAUAGUAAUAAUAAUAAUAAUAAUAAUAAAAAAAUUCAAGUGAGAAGACUGAAGCUAGUGAUAAUGAUUAGUAGGGAUAACCUAUUGAAGAAAAUACAUAAUGUGAUGGUGAAGAACUCGACACUGUACAUGCUCAAGAGAGUCAUAAUGAAGUUUAAGCAAACACAGAUGCUUAAGACAACACAGAAGUUAAAACUGAAGUUAAGGCUGAAUAGAAAACAGAAGUUACAACAGAGGUUAAAACAGAAGUUAAUACAGAAAUUAAAACUGAAGUUAAAGCAGAGGAUUAAAGUAAAAUUAAAUAAACAUAAUAAUAAUCUACAAAGGAAGAGAAAAAUUAAAAAAGUGAAAAAUAAUAAAAGUAAUCUGAAGCACCAGAUUUUAAAGUAAAGAAGAAUCAAUUAACUAAGAAAAUGAAGGAAGUUAUAAAUGAUAUGAAGCAAGCUGAUAAGCCUCCUUCAAACAAAUUAUAUAGUUUGAAUGUUUCGAAUUUGGAUCCAGAUGAUGUGAUUGUUAUUAAAGACACUUCAUAUUUUGAUGCAGAUGCUGAAGUAGUAGUCUAAGAAGCAACUAAUCCAGAAUAAUAGUUAAUUGGAGAAGUAGUUAAAGUUGAAGCCGAAGUUGAGAAAGUUGACCUGAGCAUAUUUUCCAAUGAUAGUUCUGAUUUAAUUCCAAUCAUUGUUGAAGAUACUGAUAAUUAUAAGUAAUCUGAAAUCAUCACUGAUGCAAUCAAGGAUGUGACUGAAAAGGAAAUCGAAAUAAUUGGAGAUUAGAAUUUGGCAGAAGCUGAUGUUGAUGUUUAAUCCUUGAUUUCUGAUGAAGUAGAAAUCAAUGCUAAUUAAAUCACUAAGGAUAACAUUGUUUAAGAUGAAUAUACUUUGGAUUAUGAAUAAUUGGAAUCUGAUGUUAUAUUAAAUAAAAGUUUAAGUAAUGAUGGAACUACUUUUGAUUAAUUCUAAUCAUAAUUGGAUGAAUUAGCAAAAGAACUAGAUAAUCUUAGUCAAUAACAACCUUCUUUGGAAUAACCUGCAUUAUAAGAGACUUAAGCUAUCGACACACAGGAGAUUAAGAUUUCUAAGGAGGAUCAAUAAUAUUUAACUAUUGAUUCUAAUAAUGAUUCUAUCACUACUAAUGUUGCUUCAAAUGAUGACUACUAUUUGGAUGACUUAGACAAUGAAUUAGACCAAAUUAUUUAAGAAUAAAAUACUGCAAAAACUGAACCUGUUGUUUAGGAGCAAAUAGUUUAAUAGAAUAAUGAAGUUGAAUAAAAUGAUGAUAUUUAAUAAAGCAAUGAAGUUGAAUAAAACAAUGAUAUUUAAGAAGGCAAUUAGGUUGAAUAAAAUAGCGAGGAUUAAUAAAAUGAUGAAGUUUAAUAAACAAUUUAAUAUGAUCAAAAUAAGGAAGCUGAUGAGAAUUAUGACAAUUAUAAUGAAGAUUAUUAUUAGAUUGACAACUAAAAUGAAUAAGAAUAAUCUUAAGAUGUUGUAGAAUAAUCCUAAAACUAAUAAUAAUAAGAUGAAAUUCAAUAAGAAGAUUUCGAAUUAGAUAAUGAAGAAAUAUUUGAAAGUCAGGUUUAAUCAAAUGAUGAAGCUGUUGUGAGUGAUGGAGUCAUGGUUGAUACUGGUGAUUAAUUUUCUAAUUAUGAUCAAGAAUCAGAUAUCAACAAAGACUAUGAUAUCCAAUUUGAAGAUGCUCCUUAAAAGUAGGAGGCAAUUACAGAAUAAAAAUAAGAGUAAGCACCUUAAAAUGUUGAAGUUAAUUAAGAAACUUAAACUGAUAAGUAAAAUUAAUAAGAGACUGGAGUUUAAAACUAAGUGGUUGAUUAAAUUGAGAAUUAAGUAACCGAAAAUUCUGUAGUAGAUUAGUAAGAGAAUUAAGUAGUUGUUUAAUAAGAGAGUUAGGUAGUAGAAAAUAAAGUGAUUGAAUAAAAGGUUAGUAAAGUAGUUGAAUCAUUAGAUAAUAAAGUAAUUGAAUAAUAAUAAGAUAAUUAAGUAGUUUAAUAAUAAUAAAUUAAUUAAGUAGAUUAAUAAUAAUAAGAUACUAAAGUAGCAGAAUAACAAAAUAAUUAAUCCAUUUCUAAUGAUGCUUAACCUUAAAUUGAACCUUAAUAAGAAAAUGUUACUAAAUCAGAAACUGAAAUUCAAUCUACUCAAUAACAAGAAUAAUAAGUUCAAUAAGAAAUCCAAUAAUAAGUUGAUGAAUAAGACAAUGAAAUUACCUUAGAAAAUGCCACUGCAACAGAGGAACCUAAAUUCGAGGAUUUACCUUAAGUAGAAAUCAAGAAGAAAUAAUUGGUGAAAAAGGAGAUUUCAGUAAAGGACAAGGUUGAAGCUGACAAUAUUAUUACAAAUGAAGACAUCAAUGGAGAAGGCACAGUUCAAGAAGACAAUAUAGAAGUUUUCUACAAUGAAUCUUAAAUUCCUGAAGCUGAAUCCGAAGACAACGUAGCUGCUUAAUCCGAAGCAGAAGUUAUUGAAAAUCUGGAGGACUUAUAAGAUUGCAUUGAAAAUGAUUAAGAUGAACAUACAGUUGAAAAUAAGGAAGAGGCCACUCAGAAUAAACCAGAAAAGAAAGAGAAGCAUAAUUCUAUUAAGGUAAGUAAGGAAUAAAAGAAAUAAAAUUAGAAGUAGGAUAAAUCCUUAAAGAUUGAACAAAAUGAGAAGUAAAUUAAAUUCGAAGAAUAAUUACAUCAAUAGAUUAUCAAUAAGAAAUAAAAGGAGAAACAAUAGAUGAGUCAUGAUGAAUAGUUUGAUUAAAUUGUAAAUGAAUUAGUUCAUGAAUUAGAAGCAUCUACUAAUAAGAGAGUCGAAACAAGAGAAUAAGAAUAAUAAAUUUAUCAGGAUAUCAAGAAGAAUGUAGAAGAACUUAGAUAGAUUCAUAACAGCGAUGAUGUUAUUGUUAAAAAGAGGAUUGAGGUUGUUGAAUAAGAUGUAGAUGCAGUCACUGAUGAAAGGAAUAAGGAUAAGGAAUUCCAAUAGAAAAUUGAAGAACUUUUGAGAAAUUAAAAAACUUAAGCUGUCUCAAACAAUAAAAUUAAUGAUGGUGAAAGAUAUUAUUUGGAUAAGCCUGUUAAUUAAGCAGUUAGCGAUCACGAAAAAGAAUUGAGCAUAAGAAAAUAGGAAGUUAUGGAGAAGAUUAAGAAUGAUUUGUAAAUCAAAAAAGGUAGAUUUUCAUAGGACAACUAGAAAUCAGACAAUUUAUCUCCUUAUGAAUUCGAAAGAAUCUACUUGGAUUGGACUCAAAAUAAAAAUGAUAUUAUUUCUAGUAUGUUAUCUCAUGCAUCCGGUUCGGAAGUGUCAUUAGAGUCAUCAGUCUCAGAAGAACCAGUAGCCAAAGUUGAAAGAGUAUCUAAAAAGCAAGAGGUUGAAUAAGAAAUCCAAGAAUUAUUCUCAAAUUAUAAACCAAAUAAACAAUAAUUAAAGAGAGCAGGAGAUUCAAAUUUAGAUCAAGAGGAGACAAGUUUUUUUGCAGUUAAUCAAAAAGUCAAGUAAUCAAAGAAUUUAAGAGCAAAUAAAUUAAAAUGAUGAAAAAGCAAUUUAUAACAUAAAUAAAAGUAUUAAAUUAAACUGUCUGCU